AUGAAGCUUAGGCUGUGUGCCACCAUUGCUGUCUUGCUGAGGGCCACUCUGUUGCAACAGCCACAGUCUCCUAUGCCAGCCCUUGCUGUCCAGUCAGUUCACUGCUACUCCCCUGAGUCACAUGAGACAAAUGAGGAGUUUGAUGCCCACUGGAUAACAUACUUCAACAAGCCAGAUACUGAUGCUUGCGAAUUGAGUAAAGGGAUGAACAUGCUUGUGGGCUGUGACCUGGUUCCAGAACCCAAAAUCAUUGAUGCCGCUUUGCAGGCAUUCAGACAGCUAAAGGAUUUUGCUAGUGCAUAUCACAUCCUAGAGGAGGACAAAGCAGAACCUCAUAAGGAAAUCUACUUCUGUGUCAUCCAGGAACUUAGACCAGCUUUAAAUGAACUGGAAAUCUGCAUUCCAGAGGAGCUGGGCCUUGACAAAGUGUACACCCCAUGGAUGGCUUCUCAAGGAUUUAUUCAUAAUGCUGCCUGAUUAUAGAAAAUACUGAUAAUAACAUAUUACUUUAUUUGAACAAGUUUUCCUCUAUUGAGUACCAAACGAUGUCAUGGUAACUAGAACUUUAAUAAAAGGGAAAUGAGUUUGUAC